AUGGACCAAACUCGGUCUGUCACAGUUGAACACGAUUGCAGAAAUACUUCCCCUUUACAGGCGAAUCUGCUCACUACAAGCAGUCUCGGUGACGCUCCCAUCAGUCAUUCGACUUCAGGACAGUAUGUUGCGCCAACCGGACAGGACGUGGAAGGCGACUCUCUCGACGACACCUACCUGACCUUCGAUGAGUUCGCGCAGAACGUGCUUGCUACGACGUCCGCACGACAGCUCCCACAACUCAAUACCAGCUACGCAUGGUCGCAACUAGGCUAUACGACACCAUCUGUUGUAGAGCAGCACAGCCCAUUCCCAAGCUCGAUCGACGUUCUAAAUUCACCAAAUACCACGGUGCCACCUGUGUUUCAGAUCAACAGAAUCACUGAGCGUAGUGUCGAUCUAUUUUUCAAGCACACCUAUCCGAUCUACCCGGUCAUCGAGGAGAGCAGUAUUCGUUCCAUAUUGUCAGGCUCUCGAGAACCCACGCUUGCGGAGUCCUGCCUUCUAUGGUCUAUUUGUGCCUUGACUCUUGUCACUGUGGAUUCUUGGCCAGCGAUGACCGUAGAAAGCAGAUCAGUCACCGCACGUAAAUACGUCCGACAAUGUCUCGACACCCGCAUGGCCAACAACUUCAUCGAAAGUGCCUCCAUCGAAGAUGUACUGGCUUCGCUCUUUAUUGCCGUGACGUACUUCGACCUGAAGUGUCGCAAGACGUCAUGGUUUCAUCUGAAGGAAGCGAUCACGCUGGGCCACUUUGUUGGUAUAACAUGUGCUGGUCAGAACUCAUUGCUGGACUCAAUGCAAAAGAUCAUCUACCAGCGCGUGUAUGCAUUAUUGUACAUCACAGAAAGGGGCGCGUGCAUACAUGACAAGUUUCCUGUGAGUAUCCUAGAGCCACCAGACCUACCCUACGUAGCUUUACCAGGAGAAGAACGUACGGUUUCACCCAGCCUUAGCGGUCUCUUCCAGCUCUUCUCUCUAUUGGACAUGAGCUUCAUCCAAGCGUGGACCGAGUCUUCACUAUCACCAAAUACUGCCACAAAGUUAGAGGAAUUACAACAGCAUCUCCGUCGUCCAAUCAGUGUCGAAGGAAUGAGCGAUAUACAACGCGCGAAUAUCUUGGUCACCCAACAGUGGCUACGUUUAAUGGUCUGGCAGACUGCUCUUAGGCUUGGUCUGGUCUCCUCAACUACUGUCAAUCCUACUUUCUCCUACACGUAUCCUGUGGAGAUCGCAACGUCACUUUGCGAGAUUCUGAAAACUCUGGCACCCAUAUCGAUUCAAGUACACGGUUUGGGCAUUUUCGAGAAGCAGUUUGAGAUAGCAUACUCACUGCUUGACGCGUUGACACUCUCAACCGUGUCUUUGCCUGGCGAUCAUCACGAAACUCUCCGAUCUCUCCUGCUGAGUUUAUCUGCGUCACCGACAUCUCGCGAAAUAUAUGUCCAUAUCCUCCAGAAAAAGAUUGGUCAAAGCUCAGGCAAAACAGUCGACCAGAAGUAUGUCCAUCUGGCUGAUGUCCAACUCCUGAGAGAGGAUCGCAACAGUCGUCAAAAUACAAGACGGUCAUCCGCGAUGUACCAGGGAGGACUAGAGCAGUGA